AUGCAUGCUUACGGCCUUUCCGUCCCUCCAUAUUUCUCAGCCCACUUCUUCGUGCUCUCCUUCUUUUCUUGUGCUUUGUCUUCUUCAUCUGCUCUGUCAUCCCAUGUCGUGUCACACCAACCCAAGCCCAACCAGAGCAUAGCUGCUUUCGUUCUGUCUCAUUCCAAUCCCACACCAUCCUUUCUUCGUCUUUCAACUCUCCAUCUUCCCUUCCUCACACUCACACACACACGCAGCACACACACUCACACUCACACACACACACACAUUCUACCUCUUCUUCUUCUUCUUCUUCUUCGAUCAUUUGCUUGCACGUUCCACCCUGUCCUUCGUGCAAUCAAGCAUGCGGUGCCGCUCACACACAUGUCCAUUUUCCUUAUCCAUCUUCCGUUUCAUCGACACACACAUACACUGCACGCACACCCGCCUGGCACUCACCACCACCAGAUACAGAGGCAGAGCCGAGAGGCCACCGUCCCACCGUCGCCACUGCACGUUUCGCCCUCUUGUCCCGCCUACUGGCCAUCUGGCAAUCUUGGAAGGAGAACGUCAGCAGCACCCCACCCGCGCGCGCGCUUCUUGCCGUGUGUGAUGCGCUUCUUGCCGUGUGUGAUGCGACUCGACUUUUUUGUUGUCCCUUCGGUUGACUCGAAUGUGACAACUUCCACAGUGCGCGUUCCUUCUCACGACUCCACGUCACUUUCCUCUCUCCUCUUCACACCGCCACCCACGUCCACAACAGCGCUAAAAGGUGUCCACGCUUAG